GCCCUGUCCAUUGGCGACAACACCAGAUGAAUGGAACAGAGUUUCAUCAUCAGUGGAGCUCACAGAAGCAAAUAAGUUUAUGCCAAACACAGACAUGGACAUCGAUAUUGAGAGUUCCCUGAGUGAUGUAACCUACACAGAGUUAAAAAACGUUGAGAUCAACUGCCCGUCAAUGACUCCAGCUUCUAAUUCCCAAACUCUGUGCAACUAUACAAAGGCUAUACUAAAUCAUGAUGAUUCUUCAAGUUACGAUUAUUCAUCAGAUGACGUCUUCAUUCCUAAGAGUCCUUAUGAAUCAUCAGAUGAGUAUGAAUCAUCAGACGAGAUCUCCAAUACUCCGCAUACAGUACGAAAGCAGAUCUUCAACACUCCAUCGCCACCCCCACAAUCAGCACACAUGCACAACCCUAAUACUCCGUCGCCGCCACCACCACAUGCAGUACAGUCGCAGAUCUCCAAUACUCCUUCAUCACCACCGCAUGCAGUACUGACUAAGAACUCCAAUACUCCGUCGCCACCACCAAAUGCAUUACAGACACUAGAGAGAGAACAAGAAAAUACUGACCAAACAAAUGAACGUACAAAAACUCGAAAACGGCUUAGAAACCCUAAAAAUUGGGCUAAGAAUAUAAAAAAAAAUAAAAGGAAUCAUGGUGAGGCAUAUGUCAAUUCUACAGGUAAAGAUGUUCAAGAUAGACAAGUGAGAGAUGCCUGUACUGAUAAGUGCCGUCUAAAAUGUAAAACCAAAAUUGAUGACGAGACGAGACAAAAAGUGCAUAAAAGCUACUGGAACCUAGGAGACAUCAAUCGUCAACGUGAUUUCCUGGUAAAAAGCAUGCAGCCCGUAAUACCAAAGUAUUCGAUGAUAAAGCCAGAAAGCACACGGACAAACAAUUUUGCAUAUUAUUUUGAUAUAAACCACGUCAAAGUGAAAGUAUGUAAGUUAUAUUUUAUGAACACUGUGGCUGUGAUUUCAACAGCCCAAAAAAAGAAGACUGACGAAGGAUUUGUUGACAAAGACAACAGAGGAGGUAAUCCCAAUGCGGGGAGACCAAGGAUUCACGAGGAUGUCAAGAAUUUUGCUCGAAAGCAUAUCGAAUCUUUUCCAAUAAUGGAUUCCCAUUAUUGUAGAGCUCGAACAGAACGGAAAUAUUUACAAGGCGACUUGAAUCUGACGGAGAUGUACAGACAAUACUGUAUAAAAUGUACUGAGGAAAAUAAAAUGCAAAUAAAAAAACAUCUUUAUGAAUCCAUAUUUAAUACCGAAUAUAAUAUAUCUUUUUUUACUCCAAAAAAAGAUGCAUGCUGUACAUGCAUGAAUUACGAAAAUUUGAACGCAGAUGAAAAAAUUGCUCAACACGAGAACUUCAAUGUACAUAUUCAGGAAAAAAAGAGGAGUCGUAUUGAAAAAGACAAUGACGUCAAAAAUUCAUCGGAAGAUACGACGGUGAGCUGUUUCGAUCUUCAAGCGGUGCAAACAAUUCCAGAGGGCAGUAGAAGUGACUUCUUCUACAAGAGAAGAUUAUCAUGUUAUAAUUUCACCAUAUAUGACAUUAAGAAAAAAGCUGGAUUCAGUUACUUCUGGCACGAAGGAGUAGCUCGUCGCGGAGUAAAUGAAAUAGGGAGCUGCAUCUUGAAUUAUUUGAAAGAAAAUCCAACAAAUAAAAUUGUAUUCUAUUCUGACAACUGUCCCGGGCAAAAUAAAAAUAAAUUCAUUGUGGCCCUAUUUAUGUUUUGUGUGAGGAAUCUGGAAAUUGAAUCCAUUACUCACAAAUUUUUCGUGGUCGGACAUUCGCAGAACGAAGGAGAUGCAAUGCAUGCUCUGAUAGAGCGACAAAAAAAAAGAGCUCUCAAGGCUGGACCAUUGUACGUGCCAACACAACUCCUGCCAAUAAUCUCCCUGGCUAAAAAGACCGGCCAACCAUACACCACCAAGGAAAUGGUAGACUUCUAUGACAUAAAGUCCUUGGUGAUGAAAGGGGACAAUUUCACCAUAAAUGAGGACGGUGCAGCAGUUAAAUGGAAUGAUAUUCAUAUAAUAGAAAUACGGAAAGAGAGUCCACAUCUGAUUCUGUACAAGAAUUCAUUUGCUGAUGAGAAUUUCAAAAUUAUAAACACCCGUAGAAGAACUCGGCGACAAACAGAAAUGUCAACACUGAAACCAGCGUAUACUCAGCCACCGGGCGUUACUGCAGCAAAAAAGAAAGAUUUACUAUCACUAUGCAAGACUGGAGCGAUUCCAAGACCUUACUGGGACUUCUACAAUAGCCUAUCUACCAAUGAAAGACCGACGGAAGAAGAUUCAGACUGA